CGUGAGAGCGUGAGAGGGUAGCGAUUGUGCUACAGUCGCACCGCGACACCCCCACGAGUGAAACCGCGCGCGUGCCGAUCUGCAGCCCCCUUGCCUCUUACGAAAACGGGCCGCGACAGUGCUAUGCUUUUAAGCCUACUGCCAAGGAUUUCCUCGCACGCUGCCACUGUUUUCACCGCUUCUCGUACGCAACCUCGUCCCAUCCGAUCGUUCCAUCCACGUAUCGUCGGAUCAGCUUUUCAAUCGGGAAGUGGAAGAACAGCUCUUUGAUGUACGAGUCCCUAAAAUCGUCGAGUAACGUGCCAAACUGUCGUCGCAAAAGUGAUUGAUUCUCAUGGCAGCACGGAAACUUGCAGCCCUCUUCACCGCAGUUCUGCAUCUUUGCUUAUGUCAAAUAACUCCAGAACCAUUGCCAGAAUUUUUAGCUCCUUUGGAGAAUCACACGGUGAUCCAGGGCCGUGACAUCUUCUUCACUUGUGUCGUGAAUAAUCUGCAUUCGUACAAGGUGGCUUGGAUGAAGUCAGAUUCUCGAGCAAUUUUGGCAAUACAUACACAUUUAAUAGCACAUAAUCCAAGACUCUCGGUUACGCAUAAUGGACAUAACACGUGGAAAUUGCACGUAUCGAAUGUUCAAAAGAAUGAUUCCGGUGCUUAUAUGUGUCAAAUCAACACAGAACCUAUGCGAAGUCAGAACGGAUACGUGGAAGUGGUGAUACCACCGGAUAUAAUAGACGAUAAAUCUGCCGAAGGUAUGGUAACUCACGAAGGUGGUGAAAUAAAGUUAAAAUGCGUUGCAACCGGUUCACCGGAACCUACCGUCACAUGGAAACGAGAAGAUGGACGGAAUAUCAUUCUUCGAGAAGAUGGACAAAAGCAAUUGUUAAAAACUUACGUAGGUGAAACUUUAGAAUUAACUGGAGUUCUUCGACAAGAAAUGGGCACGUAUCUUUGCAUAGCCAGCAACAAUGUACCUCCAACAGUCAGCAAACGUUACUCUGUACAAGUUCAUUUUUCACCUGUUAUAAAAGUAACGAAUCAAUUAGUAGCAGCUCCAGUCAAUAGCGAUGUUGUUCUUCAAUGCCACGUUGAAGCUUCCCCACAAGCAUUGAAUACUUGGCAUCAAAAUACAGGUGAAAAACUACUGCCCAGUGAAAAAUAUACAAUGUCAGAAUAUGCAUUGAACGAGUAUUCUUGGCAAAUGAACCUUACCGUUAACUCUUUAGAGAAAAAAGAUUUUGGAGAGUAUGUUUGCUCAUCCGUAAAUGCUCUUGGAAAAGCUGAUGGCAUUGUUCGUUUACAAGAAUUACAUCUUGUUGCAAAAACAACUCCUGGCCCUUUCAUAAAAAUGACCGAUCUGAAACCUCGAAAGAAACUUAUAUCGAAAGGGAAAAAAAAGAGUAGUAAUAACAACGGCAGGAAGAUACAUAUAGGUUUCGAAGAUUUUGAUUCUCAUGGACACGAUGAAGAUCUUAGUACUACGCAAAUUAUGGCUGGUAGUACACUUCAAGAAGGCCAUAGAACAGAAAGGCCAUUGGUAUCGCCAUCGCUACCUCCACCAUGGUUAAAUAUUAACACUGCCAAUUCGAGGCAUUGUUUGGAACAGAUCACGCUAUUUUUAUUAAUCUUAAGUAUGAUAUUUAUAUUUUAAAAUAUAUGUUAUUGAGAGAAAAAAAAUAUAACAACGAA